AUGCUUCCGUCGGGCUCUGUAUAUCUAUCUGGGUUCAACCAGCUUUCCGUCAAUCUCUUCGCCAUGGGCCAAUUGUCUACCCUUCUGCAGAAGCUGUCGAGCGAGGAGCGCUUCGCCCCAUCCAACCGCUCAGCACGGUUCCUGGCACUCGAGCAGCGGUCUUAUCCGGAGUCAACGCGGCGGCAAGCCUGGCAAGGAGUGAUCCUGUCCGGCCAGGGCAACGCCUUCGGGUUGUCGUCUUCGGUCGCUGGUCAGCAGGUCCUCGAGCCUGUUGCGCCUGCUGGACGCCCACAGUGCUUCCCCCCAUACGCCUCCUCGUCCAUGGGCAAUACGCUGACAAUUGUCGGAUACGACUCGAACAAGGCGGCCGUAGCUCACAACUCGCAAUACUGA